GGGUGUAAUCUGAAGGAGGAGAUGAGCCCCAAAAUGAGUGUCUCUGUGGAACAGGACACACAGGAAGCUGAGAGACUGUUUCAGGGUAAGAGAUCUGACUCUCCUGAACCCAGCUGUGUGUCCAUGAAGAGUGACCGGUCAAUAGACCAUCCACUAAACUUCAGAAAGGAGGACUGUUCUCCUGAACCCAGCUGUGUGUCCAUGAAGAGUGAUCAGUCAAUGGACAUUCCAUUAAACUUCAGAAAGGAGGACUGUUCUCCUGAACCCAGCUGUGUGUCUAUUAAGAGUGACCAGUCAAUAGACAUUCCAUUAAACUUAAGAGAGGAGGACUGUUCUCCUGAACCCAGCUGUGUGUCCAUGAAGAGUGACCGGUCAAUAGAACCUCCACCAUCCCUCAGAAAGGAGGACUGCUCUCCUGAACCCAGCUGUGUGUCCAUGAAGAGUGACCAGUCAAUAGACCAUCCACUAAACUUCAGAAAGGAGGACUGUUCUCCUGAACCCAGCUGUGUGUCCAUGAAGAGUGAUCAGUCAAUGGACAUUCCAUUAAACUUCAGAAAGGAGGACUGUUCUCCUGAACCCAGCUGUGUGUCUAUUAAGAGUGACCAGUCAAUAGACAUUCCAUUAAACUUAAGAGAGGAGGACUGUUCUCCUGAACCCAGCUGUGUGUCCAUGAAGAGUGACCGGUCAAUAGAACCUCCACCAUCCCUCAGAAAGGAGGACUGCUCUCCUGAACCCAGCUGUGUGUCCAUGAAGAGUGACCAGUCAAUAGACCAUCCACUAAACUUCAGAAAGGAGGACUGUUCUCCUGAACCCAGCUGUGUGUCCAUGAAGAGUGACCAGUCAAUAGACGUUCCAUUAAACUUAAGAGAGGAGGACUGUUCUCCUGAACCCAGCUGUGUGUCCAUGAAGAGUGAUCAGUCAAUGGACAUUCCAUUAAACUUCAGAAAGGAGGACUGUUCCCCUGAACCCAGCUGUGUGUCCAUGAAGAGUGACCGGUCAAUAGAACCUCAACCAUCCCUCAGAAAGGAGGACUGCUCUCCUGAACCCAGCUGUGUGUCCAUGAAGAGUGACCGGUCAAUGAACCCUCCACUAAACUUCAGAAAGGAGGACUGUUCUCCUGAACUGAGAGUCAAGCAGAAGGCAUCAGACACUAGCAGAAGGAAUAUGGAGGUCAUACUCAAGGAGAUGGAGCACAAAGUGAUCUCUCUGGUAAAGAAGCAGCUGAAGAAGUUUGAGAAGAUCCUGAAGAGACGGGAUUACCCAGCAUGCUCUGGGAGAGAGGAGGAGGAUGAGAGUGCUGUCAGAGAGGGAGCGCUGAAGAUCACACUGCACGUCCUGAAGAACAUGAACCAGACAGACCUCGCUAACACACUGCAGACCAAACUGGCUCCAUCAUGUCACCAAAGCCUGAAGUCUACUCUGAAGGAAAAAUUUCUGAAAAUCAAUGAAGGAAUAUCAAAUCCUGGAACCUCAACCCUUCUGAAUGAGAUCUACACAGAGCUGUACAUCACAGAGGGAGGGAGUGGAGAGGUCAAUAAUGAACAUGAGGUCAGACAGAUUGAAGCAGCAUCCAGGAGACCAGAAACACAGGAGACACCCAUCAAAUGUAACGACCUCUUUAAAGACCCGUCCAUCAGAACUGUGCUGACUAAAGGAGUUGCUGGAAUUGGAAAAACAGUCUCUGUGCAGAAGUUCAUUCUGGACUGGGCUGAAGGAAAAGCCAAUCAGGAUGUUCUCUUCAUAUUUCCACUUCCUUUUAGAGAGCUGAAUCUGAUGAAAACUAAAUCACUCAGUUUGGUGGAUCUUCUUCAUCAAAUUUUCAAAGAUUCAAAAGAAAUAAAACCAACAGACUAUCAUCACUACAGAGUCAUGUUCAUCUUUGAUGGUCUGGACGAAUGUCGACUUCCUCUAAAUUUCCAGAACAAUAAGAGAGUAUUUGAUGUAACACAGUCGGCCUCAGUGGAUGUUCUGCUGACAAACCUCAUCCAGGGGAACCUGCUUCCCUCUGCUCUCCUAUGGAUAACUACUCGACCAGCAGCAGCCAAUCAGAUUCCUCCUGACUUUAUUGACCAGGUAACAGAGGUACGAGGGUUCAGUGACCCUCAGAAGGAGGAAUACUUUAGGAAAAGGAUCAGAGAUCAGAGCCUUGCUGAAAGAAUCAUUACACACAUGAAGUCCUCCAGAAGCCUCUACAUCAUGUGCCACAUCCCAGUCUUCUGCUGGAUCUCAGCCACUGUUCUAGAGAGGAUGUUGGGUGAAGCAGAGGGAGGAGAGAUCCCCAAGACUCUGACUCAAAUGUUCACACACUUUCUUAUCUUUCAGAUUAAACACCGCAGCCAGAAGUAUCAAAGAAAAAGUGAUGUUGAUCUUGACCAGUCUAAAAAGAUUAUUCUGGCUCUGGGAAAACUGGCUUUCCAACAGCUGGAGAAAGGAAACCUGAUCUUCUAUGAGGAAGACCUGAGAGAGUGCGGCAUUGAUGUCAGAGAAGUGUCCGUGUACUCAGGAGUGUGCACCCAGAUCUUCAGACAGGAGUUUGGGCUGCACCUGGGGAAGGUUUUCAGCUUUGUGCAUCUGAGUGUUCAGGAGUUUCUGGCUGCUUUAUAUGCAUUUCUGUCCUUCAUCUCCAACAACAGAAAUGUGCUGCAACAGAAACACAGUGGAUUAUUUAGUUUCUCUAAAAAAGGAACAAUGUCUGACUUCCUAAAGAGUGCAGUGAACAAGGCCUUACAGAGUGAGAACGGACACCUGGACCUUUUCCUCCGGUUCCUUUUGGGUCUCUCACUAGAGUCCAAUCAGACUCUCUUACGAGGCCUUCUGAUCCAGACAGAGAACAUCUCUCACAGCAAAGAGGAAGUAGUGGAGUACAUCAAGCAGAAGAUCAGGGAGAAUCCCGCUCCGGAGACAACUAUCAGUCUGUUCCACUGUCUGAAUGAACUGAAUGAUCAUUCUGUAUUGCAGGAAGUCCAAACAUACCUGAACAGAGGAGGUUUCAGGGGUCUCAGAGGAGUUAAGCUCUUUCCUUCUCUGUGGUCUGCUGUGGCAUUUGUGAUGCUGAAUUCAAAAGAGCAGCUGGAUAGGUUUGACCUAAACAAUUAUGGUGGGUCAGAGGAAUGUCUUCUGCGGUUGAUGCCGGUGGUUAAAGCAUCAAGAAGAGCGUGGCUGGUUGGGUGUGAUCUCUCAGAGAAAAGCUGUGCAUCUCUGGCCUCAGCUCUCAGCUCAAACUCCUCAACUCUGAGAGAUCUGAACCUGAAUAAUAAUAACGUGCAAGAUUCAGGAGUAAAGCUCCUCUCUGCUGGGCUGAAGAAUCCACAUUGUAAACUGGAGACACUGGAGCUGAACAAGUGUAAUCUUACAGAGAAAAGCUGUGCAGCUCUGGCCUCAGCUCUUAGCUCAAACUCCUCAACUCUGAGAGAACUGAACCUGGGUAAUAAUAACCUGCAGGAUUCAGGAGUGAAGCUGCUCUCUGCUGGACUGAAAAGUUCACACUGUAAACUGGAGACACUGGGGCUGAUUAACUCCAGUAUUACAGAAGAAGGCUGUGCUGCUUUAGCUUCAGCUCUGAAAUCAAACCCCUCACACCUGAGAGAGCUGGAUCUGAGAGUCAAUAAUCCAGGACAGUCAGGAGAGAAGCUGCUCUCUGAUCUACAGAAGGAUCCACACUUUAAACUGGAGAUAAUAUACUUCUGGUAACAGGACUGUCCUGCUCCUAAUGAUCACUAUGAUUUUACCAAAGGCUCCAGUGACCUGUGCAUCACCACUAUCUGUGCAUCUUUUUGUUUUCUAACAGUCAUUAAUGUGCUGAAGUUUCUGGGGUUAAUAAACUGCUUUUAUCGUAUUUAUCACAGUUAAUCAUUCAGUGCACACCUUGCCAGCACUGCUUUAUCAGUACUUCAUUCAGAGCUUCCAUGCCAUCUAAAAGUGUGUAAUUAUUUGCUUUCUUAAUUCUGUUUAUAUUCAGUUCUGUGCUUCUUUCUGCUGAAUCUCCUUAAAGUCCACUAGCUCGCUGUUAUAGGGGUUAUCCAGUUUGGAAAAUACAUGAUUAAUUAAAUUGAAGGAACAGUUUUGUUUCUAACAGUUGUUUUGUGAAUUGAUGCUUUAAUGACUAUGUAGAAAUGUGGUAAUCGUUUAUAAUAAAUAAAUAAAUAAAUAAACAGGUAGAAAGAGUUUAUAAUGAAUGUAUUAUUAUGUUCAGUGAGUCAUGAAAUCGUAUAAACAGCGAUUUUGUGUGAAACUCAUUGGUGUUCCAUAUUUAAAAAUGGUGCAUUAUGAUUUCAGUGCUGUACAAAUGUAAAUCAUUUCAGCUUUAGUCUGUAUUAGGUUAGAUUUGUAAUUUUUGUCUGGUAACUGUCAAACAACAGGAUUGAUAUUAGUGUUCUUAGCUUUAUCUGUAUAGAAUUGUAUAUAAACUGUUUGCUCUGAUAAUAUACAAUGAUAACAGAGGCUUGUAUAUAAUUUGUGUUUGUAAUCACAGUUGUCUGUAUUAUUAUAGCUAUUAACACAAGAAAAAUGUUGGUGUUUUUGGUAUUGGUUGGUGGAUGUUUGUCUUUUUAAACUAAACUAAACCAAACUUCUAUGGUACAUCAAGUUUUACAGAGUUACUAAGGAUUAUUUGGUUCAUUCAUAUUCUUUUAUGUAUAAAAUACCAUUACGAUGUAUUAGAGGAAAUGCAAACAUCUAUUUUACUUUGAAUGUGUUCUUAUGUGUACUAUAUAAAUUGUUUAAUAAAUUGGAAUGUUU